GCUCUUCAUCCUCUCCAAGUCGCUCCUUUGUCCUUACACUCGUCCAGUAACGCCGCCAGCAUGCCACCCUUCCCUGACUUUCUUCGGCCUCUCGUCAUGUCCGGUCCAUCUGGCGUAGGCAAGAGCACACUACUUCAACGCCUCUUCGCCGAGUUCCCAGAUAAGUUCGGCUUCAGCGUGUCUCACACCACACGCCUUCCCCGCCCCGGUGAAGUCCAUGGCAAACACUAUUACUUCGUUUCGCGCGAUGAGUUCCUAAAGCUCAUCGAUGAAGGCGCUUUCAUUGAGCAUGCAGAAUUCUCAGGCAACUUCUAUGGCACAUCCUUCAUGACAGUGCGUGAGGUCUCUGGCGCUGGUCGCCGCUGCCUCCUCGACAUUGAAGCACAGGGUGUUAGGCAAGUCAAAAACACCGACCUCAAUCCUGUAUACCUCUUCAUCUCGCCACCAUCCCUGAGCACCCUCCGGGAUCGCUUGCGGGGUCGUGGCACCGAAAGCGAGGCAUCUGUUGCGAAGCGGCUAGCGAUGGCCCUGAAGGAAUGUGACUAUGCAAAAGAGGACGCGCAUGAUCUGGUCAUUGUGAAUGACGACCUUGAUCGCGCCUACAAUUUAUUCAAGCGUGUUGCUUUAGGAGAGAAUGUUGACUCGGACAGGCUGCCGCCCCUGGAUGAUUAGGGCUGUUGAUACAUUCCAUAUGGGUCUCUAAGAUAUAGAUGUUAUGUACUGGCAGUCAACGGAAAAAUUAGAAUUUCAGC